GGAAAUGCAAACUCCAUUCAGGCUGGCAAUGCCUUCUCUCCAGCUAUUCCCAGGAAAACAGCAACAAACCGAUAAGGAAUUACCCAUUAUAGACAAACAAGAAAGACUCAUUUUUUUUCCGAGACCAUUUGUUAGUCUCUCUCCUCCAUUCGACCCACCUCCUCGCCCAGGAGGGAUGGAGAUAGGAAAGAAACCAAGAAAGUUUCCCUUAGCCAAUCUCUUUCUAUCCUCCUUGCCAUCACCUUCUUCAUCAUCGAUGGCUGUCCUCCUGGUCCUUAUCUACGCCUUCUUUUCCUCCUCCACCACAGCCUUUUCGGCCUUCGCUCCCUUCGUUCCCCAGGACAACUUCCUCAUUGACUCUGGCGCCGAUAAAUUAGCCACUCUUCCUGACGGAAGAGUUUUCAAAACAGAAGGGCAAUCCAAGCAAUUCUUACUAGCCAAGGAUGACAUCAAGGUUUCAGUCGAAAAAGCGGAUGUUCCUUCGCCUAUUUACUUGUCUGCGAGGAUCUUUGUCCAGGAAGCCACGUACUCCUUCCCCUUGACCCGGCCCGGCUGGCAUUGGGUUCGCCUCCAUUUCUACCCCCUCAACAAUGACCAAUUCGACCUCAUGAAGGCCACUUUCUCUGUCAACACCGAUAAGUAUGUGCUUCUACAUAGCUUCAACAUGAACAACAGCUCAAAAUACGUCCUCAAGGAGUAUCUUUUUAACGUGACCGAACCACUAUUCUCAAUCAAGUUCGUGCCCAUGAAGAAUUCCGCUGCUUUCAUAAAUGCCAUUGAGGUGGUUUCGGCUCCCGACGACUUGAUCACCGACGUUGCCAACGAGCUUUCGCCUGUAGGAGAUUUUUCGGGGCUUUCUACAUACGCUUACCAAACCUCGUAUCGGCUUAAUAUGGGAGGACCCCUCAUCACCUCCGGAAACGACACGCUCGGAAGGACUUGGCUGCCCGACGAGUCGUACCUCAAGUCCACAAGCUUGGCGAAGAGCGUCUCCGUUGCGACCACGAUAGUAAAGUACCCCGAGGGGAUAACGCCCCAGAUCGCCCCACAAGCGGUGUAUGCUUCUGCUGUUGAAAUGGCCGAUGCGCAGGUUAGCCAGCCUAAUUUCAAUGUGACAUGGAACUUUGAGGCAGACUCGGCUUUUGGAUACCUCAUUAGGCUUCAUUUCUGUGACAUUGUGAGCAAAGCACUCAAUAACCUCUACUUCAACGUCUACAUUAAUGGGAAAAUGGCGAUAUCUGAUUUGGAUUUGUCUCACACCCUGAAUGGUUUGGCGAUGGCUUACUACAAGGAUAUUGUGGUUAACGCUUCCUUGAUGUCUAAUGGACUAAGUGUCCAGAUUGGUCCAUCUAAAUUGGGUUCUGGUGAUUUGAACGCCAUCUUGAACGGUCUAGAGGUCUUGAAACUAAGCAAUUCGGUGAAUAGUCUUGACGGAGAAUUCGGGGUCAAUGGAGACAGGGUAGCUAACGGGAGCACCCGCCAUACCGUGGCUGCAGUAGGGUUUGCGAUGAUGUUUGGAGCCUUUAUUGGUCUUGGUGCAAUGGUGAUCAAGUGGCACAAGCGGCCUCAAGACUGGCAGAAGAGAAACAGCUUCUCUUCGUGGUUGCUUCCUCUUCAUGCCGGUGACACGAGCUUCAUGACAAGCAAGAACUCUUUGGGAUCUCAGAAGAGCAACUUUUACUCCUCAACUUUGGGAUUGGGCCGGUACUUCUCAUUCGCGGAGUUGCAGGAGGCAACCAAGAAUUUCGAUUCCAAUGCAGUGAUUGGCGUUGGUGGCUUUGGAAAUGUGUAUCUCGGGGAGAUCGAUGAUGGGACUCAAGUCGCAGUCAAGCGCGGGAACCCGCAAUCUGAACAAGGCAUUACAGAAUUCCAGACCGAGAUUCAGAUGUUGUCGAAGCUACGGCACAGGCAUUUGGUGUCCCUGAUUGGAUACUGCGACGAAAACUCGGAGAUGAUAUUAGUUUAUGAGUACAUGUCCAAUGGUCCUUUCAGGGAUCAUUUGUAUGGCAAGGACUUGCCCCCAUUGUCAUGGAAGCAGAGGCUGGAAAUCUGCAUAGGUGCGGCUCGGGGGCUUCACUACCUUCACACUGGCACUGCACAGGGUAUCAUCCAUCGUGACGUUAAGACCACCAACAUCUUGCUUGAUGAAAACUUCACUGCCAAAGUUGCUGAUUUCGGGCUCUCAAAGGAUGCUCCCAUGGGGCAAGGCCAUGUAAGUACUGCAGUGAAGGGAAGCUUCGGGUACUUGGACCCUGAGUAUUUCAGGAGGCAGCAAUUGACAGAUAAGUCGGACGUGUACUCGUUUGGGGUGGUUCUGCUUGAGGCACUCUGUGCAAGGCCUGCCAUUAACCCGGCGCUCCCUCGGGAACAAGUUAACUUGGCUGAUUGGGGAAUGCAAUGGAAGAGGAAGGGCUUGCUUGAUAAAAUCAUUGACCCUCUACUUGUUGGCUCCAUAAAUCCUGAAUCAAUGAAAAAGUUUGCCGAGGCUUCUGAGAAGUGCUUGGCCGAACAUGGGGUGGACCGGCCAACAAUGGGAGAUGUGCUGUGGAAUUUGGAGUAUGCUCUUCAGCUUCAAGAGGCUUUCUCACAAGGAAAGGAAGAGGAUGAAACCAAAUCCUCUGCCACUGUUCCAGCCUCUCCUGCUGUUGUGGAUACCCCACCUACUCCCACCUCUGACAGUCGUCCGGUCUCUAAUCCAGAACAGAAUAACAGUACUCCAGCUCAAGUUCAGGCCAUUGAUGAGCAUUCAGGAACAGCAAUGUUUGCCCAGUUUGCUAAUCUCAAUGGCAGGUAAUUGACACGUGGAAUGGGGGUCUAUAUCAGUACGAGUUUAAGCAUCUGCUGGAAGUUCAAUAUAUCAUUGGUAAUGGUGGUGGUGAUGGUUUUACUGCUUUAUCAUGAGUGGGACAUAUUAGCAAAAUUCCAAGCUUUGUGCGCUUCCACUUUUCUCAUAUAAUGGUGUGCAAUGCUCUAUCAAAAUGAUUGUUCAUCUGCACUAGCUCUCCUCUCUGGACUGGAUUAUUAGGUUCCCAUAGUCAUGGCCAUAUUCUGUAUUGUCUGUAUCGUAUGAUUAAUGUACUGUUAUAUGAAAGGAUGUAUGCCCUGCACUACUAGUAAUACUAUACAAUAUUACUAUUAUAUUAGAGCAUCAUGUUUUGUACUUGUAUUCAGGGUAGAGUAUGCAACUUAAAGAGUGAUUUUUUCAGCAAGUUAAGGAUAAUGAUUUUAUCUGCGU